AUGGAAUACUUUCGGCAAGCCAAUGUACGGGACAAAAUGGAGGCCAUGUUGACGUGUUGGUGCCAGACGCAGAACACAAAGUACAAGCAGGGCCUCAAUGAGGUCUUGGCUCCUUUCCUGAACCUGCAGGUGCCAUUGUCCGGUGAAACUGAUGAAGGGCGAACACCAGCGAAAGAUGAUGAGGUCUUCGACCUCUUCGCAGCUUUUGUGCAACAUUAUGCACCGUUCUUCUUUUGUGAGGAAUUUGUGCCGUUGCAGUGUGCGUUCAUCUUCUUCAGGCGUUUGCUCUUGUACCAUUGCCCUCAACUUCAGAACUUCUUUGCGGAGAAGGGGGUGACCCCAGAUAUGUUCUGCAUGCCUUGGUUCCUCACCCUUUUCGCCAGUAAGACUCCCAUGAGGCUCACAGUUCAGCUCUGGGAUAGGUUGCUGGAACGAGGCGAGCAACACUUCUUCAUGUUCCUUGCCUUGGCUGUGGUGAUAAAGGCAGAGCAGACCAUCCUUCAAGCCGAGCGCAGCGCGCUCCCCGAGAUCUUAACCUCUCUUGGUGUCUUCUCCGUGAAGGAGAUGGAGAGUCUGUGGAGUUUCGCGGAGGAGCUGGUCAUGCAGACUCCAGCCACCUUCAUGUCUCGCGUGAGGCGAAUCGUGUUGCACCCCGAGGAAAAGGAGCUUCCACAACUGGAACGGCUGGAAAAGGAGGGAGUAUUCUUCAUUUUCCCAGAAGAGGUGGUUGGUCAUUGCUAUCCCCCAAGACCUGGAGAGGCAUUGAAGCCUUGGCAGCCUCCACCCAGCUGCACCUGGCGUUUGCUACUCCUUGAUCUUCGCCCGGCUGCUGAGUUUGAGGCAAUGCGGCUGCCUGCAGCUGUCCACUUUGAUGCUGCUGCACGCUUUCCACAGUCUUCCUGGAGUGGCAGGAAAGCCGCGCUCUUCACCAAAGGAAGCAGUGCCCCGGAGUCUUCUGAGGUCUUGGACGCCUUGAAGGAGACACUGGGAGAAAAUUGGUUGGGAGAUGAUCAGGCCCACAUUUGCCUGGUGGGUCGGUCCGAAGAGUCCUGGCUGCUACGGGCGAUGUACACAGUAUUGACCUCAGAACUGUCCUUGCGACACAUCUCAGUAGCCAGUGGCGGUUUCGAGGCAGUACUCAAGUUUGCCCAAAAGUACAGCUAUGACAUUGUCCAACAAGAGCGCUGGUCACCCGUUGGUGCAUUUGACAGUGUCUUGAGGCCGAGGGCUGGUCCUUCAGCAGCAUCACUGGCAGCUGAAAGUGCGGCAGUGGCUGCAGCUGCAGCUGAAGGAGCAGCCAAGAAACUCUCCAGUGGUUUGUCCUUGUUGGCGAACCUGUCAGCAAAGAGGGAGGAAGGAAAAACAGAGAAGGCCACUACGCCUGCAGCUGCCAUCCCCAAGCUGAUUGACCGGCCUGGAAACUGGUCGCCAGAGGCAGACAUGAGCCAGCUGCCAAAACUCUUCCAGAAGGACUUGCAGUCUGCCUUCUGGCACUACAACGACUGCAUCGCUCUGAUUGUAAGGCCACCCAAUGCAAUGUGCCCUGAGCUCACCAACAGAGGACUGCAGGGCUGCAAGAGCGUCCUGGCAAUCCAGCAUGGGCAGCUCUUGUGUGCCAAAGUGUUGGGAGAGGAGCUGUCCUUGCUGGCUAAGUUCGAUGUCCGGAUGCUCGUUCGAGGAUUGUCCAGCCUAGCUCGUCCUAUGACAGCCAAGGUGCUCUACUUUUCAGGUGCAGAGAAGGUCAAAAGCUUCGUCUUUGCGCUGCAAGCAGCGCGAAAGGCGAGGCCGCCGGCGAAGCCGCCGCAAAAACCAGGGCCAUUGGGAGUGCCGGCAUUUGCGCAGGAAGUUGUUGCCCAGAGACUUUCUUCUGAAGGUCCUAUGUUGCAGGAGCAAGCAGCAGAGCAACCUAAAGAUGGAGCUCUGCCUGAUAGCCCCAAAGCUCAUGAACAACAGGCUGAUGGGCAAGCAGAGCGACCUCAAGAUGGAGCUGUGCCUGAUAGCCCGAAAGCCAAUGAACAACAGGCUGAUGAGCAAGCAGAGCAACCUCAAGAUGGAGCUGUGCCUGAUAGCCCGAAAGCCAACGAACAACAGGAGCAAGGAGAGCGACCCAAAGAUGAAGCUGUGCCUGAUAGCUCCAAAGCGGAUCAACCGAAGGUCCCUGGCAAAGACGCUGAAGAUAUACUUGAUGGAUGA